AACUGGUGGAUCUUGUCUGUCGACAUGUUGCACCAGCCUUCUGUCGCUCCUCCCCCACAACAGCUUCAUCACAACAAUGACGUACUGCUUUGUGCGCCAUACAUCCUGUUGUAAAACACAGCUAUUUGGCGUUGUACCAUUUCGUUUGUAUCAACAUUAUCUCCUCGGUCAAAACUUCCCUAAGACCCGUUCAGGUAUACAGAAUUUAGCAGGGACUAUGUAAUGGACCCACAAAUACAUAUGCGACCAUCGAUAAAUCGCCUAUAAGUUGAAGAGUGUCUGUUUACACUUCUUGCCGAGUAAAAUAGUUCAUUCGUCCUAUCAACACGAAAUGGAACGCGGCCACAGAGGUCCGCUUCUAGAAAACACGUGAUCCCACCAGCUUGCUGACGCAAUGUGAAGAAGUUAGGGGCGUGGCCAAGGAGGAGUCAGCUAUGAGGUUAUAAAAAGGCUGCAGCUGCUGUCACCUCGCCACCUUCCACGACCCUUUAAUCGGCCUCCCCCUCCACCGACGUCCUCUGCGGCUGUCCAAGCAGUGGGUCUCAUCACGACGCCAACGCUGGAGCUGUAAAAUUAACAACCGGGGCUCCGGUUUAAAGCGCUGCAGAAAGCUGACCAGCCCGCACCAGUGGGAUCUCUUGCGACUGUCUCUGAAACACGUCUGUUUCGGAGAAAGUACAAUCGGACAGGCCAGACACCACUGCCGCAGCCGCCGCGCGUCCUCCAAAAACAAAUCGCCCAAAUCGAAGCAAAAUGGUGCAAAAUAAGAUCACCGAAGUCACUGGAUUCCAUCGCUCUUUUAAGGGGCAAAAUCCUUUUGCAACAGAUGACUUCACAAAAAAUGGAUCUCAUCUUAUUGAUUCAACAUUUGAUUUUGAUUCCUCCCCAAGGCAUGACAUACCUUCCAGCCAGCCUAUUGACAUCCCUGAUGCCAAGAAGAGAAACAAGAAGAAGAAGCGUUGCAGGGCAACAGACAGUUUCUCUGGACGAUUUGAGGAUGUAUACAGACUGCAGGAUGAAGUUCUGGGGCAGGGUGCCUAUGCCAGGGUGCAAACGUGCAUAAACCUUAUAACUAACAAAGAGUAUGCUGUCAAGAUAAUUGAAAAAAGACCAGGCCACAGUCGCAGUCGUGUCUUUCGUGAGGUUGAAAUGCUCUACCAGUGCCAGGGCCACAGUAACAUCCUGGAAUUGGUGGAGUUCUUUGAAGAGGAAGACAAAUUCUAUCUGGUGUUUGAAAAGCUCAGGGGAGGGUCAAUUUUGGCACACAUUCACAAGAGGCAGCAUUUCAGUGAGCAGGAAGCCAGAGUUGUCGUGCAGGACAUUGCCAGAGCUCUGGACUUCCUGCAUAACAAAGGAAUGGCACACAGAGACCUCAAACCUGAAAACAUCCUCUGUGAAAGUGCAGACAAGAUUUCCCCAGUUAAGAUUUGUGACUUUGACCUGGGCAGUGGGAUCAAGCUGAACAGUGACAGCUCACCCAUCUCCACCCCUGAGCUCCUCACGCCUUGUGGCUCUGCAGAGUACAUGGCACCUGAGGUGGUGGAGGCCUUCAGCGAGGAGGCCACUAUUUAUGACAAGCGCUGUGACCUCUGGAGCCUGGGAGUCAUUUUGUACAUCAUGCUGAGUGGUUACCCACCCUUUGUAGGGCAUUGCGGGGGUGACUGUGGCUGGGAAUUGGGGGAACCCUGCCACAGGUGCCAGAACACUUUGUUUGAAAGUAUUCAGGAAGGAAAGUAUGAGUUUCCUGACAAAGACUGGGCUCAUAUCGCCUCAAGUGCCAAAGACCUUAUAUCCAAACUACUGGUUCGGGAUGCCAAAAAUCGCCUUAGCGCUAGCCAGGUGCUGCAGCACCCCUGGGUGCAGGAGGGUGCAUCUGACACUUUGCCAACACCGGUUUUUCAUCAGAGAAGCAACAAUGCAAGGGAUCUGACAUUCUUUGCGGACAAGGCGAUGGCUGUGAACCGGCAGCUGGCUGAACAGGAUGGCAUGGAAGACCAGCAUCAGCUGGAGACCCCCUUUGUGGUCACUGCUGCUGGCUCUUCCAUGCGCCUCUCUCCUCCUUCUAACUCUCAUCUGGCCAGGCGACGGCAGCGCAGCAGCCAGCCCAAGGGCGGCCCCGUCUCUGCUGCUGAGCUCCGUCAGCUCUUGGCCCCUCUAGUUAUUGUGGGGGACUGUGCCUGAUUUUUGUCAAUGUUGACCACAGACCUACUAUGAAGAUCGAAGACCUGCUCCUCUCCUUGCCUGUCUUUGACUCUAGCCGGCCUUGGUCCCUCGCCAUUCAGGCUCUUUCUGCCUCGCUGUAAGGGGAGACCGCAGCUCUUCUUCUAAAUGCCUUUUGACCUUCUGCAGCACUUCUGAAGCACAUCAGCCCUGGACCUGCAAAUACAGUUGCACAGCCAGGUUUUUGGUGAGGGGGGCGGGGGGGUUAAGAGAGAAGUAUUUUCUCAGUUAUUGACCCGCCCCCCAAUUCUCUCAACACUUAUGUUUCAAACUAAGCUCAGACACCAAAGGACAACCUCUUGUGCUGCUCACACGUUACAACUGGAUCCACUGUGAAUUAAGUUGUCUGGAAUGUUCUCUUUGCGUUUAAGUUAGGCAUGAAUAGUCAGUCUGCACAUACAUACAAGCUUAUGCAAUAUGCCAAGAUGAAGGCGUACAUACAGUACGGGGUUGGAAGAGCUGUAAUCCAAUGCAGUCUGUGCCUGGUGCAGUUAUUGUGUGGCUGGGGAUUCUUUAAAGCUGUUUCUUUUCUUUCUGUUGUCCAUUCAAAGGAAGAGAUUUUGAAUCAAUUUGACUUGGUGGCCAUGCAAUUAAAGUUCCAAGAGCAGAGAAUGUCUGUCCACUGCCAGCUGUGAUGUAAUUAGUGCACUGAUUUAAACAGUUUGGCUCAAUGCUAAAUGAUCAGUUGCCAUACUGUUCAGUGAAACAGGUCGAAAGUAUUACCAUUUGGUCGCCCCUGAAAAUGACUCUGCAGCCUUGAACAAUGUCUGGUAUGUUGCUCAGAAUGAGUUUUUUUUUUCUUUUGUUUGUUUUUUUUAAAUUAUUUUUAUGUAAAGAAUUUAUGGCAUCCCAUAGCCACACCCACUGCUUAUGGUAUUUCAUUUUUGUAUUUUUUUUUUUUCUUUUUAAAUAUGCAACUCAAUGUAUGCAUCAGCUCUAACCUUUAUUUUUGGCAUUCAAGGUUAGAAAUCCCUCUUCUGUAGGGUUUGAAAAGCAAAUUUUGGCCAAUGUGACCUCGUUGUCAUUUAAUUGAAUACACUUAUUUGGAUCAUCA